UCCUAACCCGUGCCCUAAAGCCUUCCCUCACCGCCGACUUCUCCCCUUCGCUUCCUAUGUGCCACCCUCCGAAGCCCGCAACGGCGUCGGCAGAUCACCGGCCUCGCUCACCCCGCACCGGCAGAGUCUCCCUCUCCCUCUCCCGAUUUCCCCUAAACCUCCUCAUCGCCGCUGGCCUCUCUUCCUUUUCUCUUCAUCGCCGCCGAACCCUUUUCCACCCAAUCCCCUUCCUCUUCUCCUCCGUCCCUCUUGCUGUGAUCGCCUCUUCAUCUUAUCUUCGUCGCCGACAAAAGGAGCAGCCGCCGACACCUCUGGAUACCGAAGCAACUGUCCAUUUCGGACGUCGGCUCGUCUCGCCAUCGAUUCACCACCGGCCAUGGGAGAUUGGUGAUGCCGAGUUGGAUUUCCUCCACAAGUUGCCGUUUCCGACCACGAGCCUGCAUCAUCCCAUCGAUCUGUGCCCUAGAUGUGCUUGCCACGGUGCUGAUCUUUCACCACCGUGGGUCGUCGUCUGCCCUAAUGUGAGCUUGACCUUGCCUUGCUGCCCCAAUUGGUCCUCUGGUGGUCAUGGAGUAGCUCCAUCAAAUCAUUGGACUUAGAUUCGAGAUGUGCGUCUUGACGUGGGAUUAGUUUGUCACGAUCGACAGAUAAAGGUAGCAGGUAUUGGAUUUA